AUGUCGGAUGACCCCGACGUAACCCUCUCGCUCGACCCGUCUGCAACGUCGUUUCUCGAUGGUGACCUCGUUGAUCCCUCGGGGAGAGCAAUAUAUACGAUUGAGACCGCCGACGCGCUCACAAAAUUGUCCUCUGUUCACAGCAGCCGCUCUCGACGACAUAGCGCCAACUCGACUAGCUCUGUUGUGGCCAGCAUUCGAUGGCCAUCAAGACUAGAACCUUCUAAUGGACGAAGAUCAAGCCCUGUCAUCGCUCCUGAUGCAAUGGUAUCCGUCCACGGGAAUACGAUCCCCUCUGGUCGUCUGCUUCGGCCUCGGAAACUCGUCACUGACGGAAAAUCGCACAAAUUUCGCAUCGACGGUUACAAACCAACAUUCCGGUGGAAGCGAACUGGCAAAUAUUAUACUCUUUUUGCCACGGGCCACAAACGACCGAUUGCAAAACUCACUUCCGACCACUUGACCGCGACGUACCGACUGCAGGUCACCGGAACGACACUCGCUUCCUACCAUUCGCAAGACGGCCACGGCGCCGUAUCUUCCGUCUUACUAGACCACAUUGUCCUCACAUCUCUCCUCCUCGUCACCCUCCUCUCGAAUGGCGUCGCAUCUCAGUUUGAGGAACCAGCCGCGUUCAUUUACACUCCUUCAUCCCAUCCACGUAAUCCAUUUCUAGACGGCGCUCAAUGUCGGCCGUCGUAUUUUGUCGGAGGCCUGCCGACUAUGGCGCCCCCGCCUCCACACCUUUUCGCCACAGAGGAGAGAGACAACUCUCUCGAGCUCCGACGACAGGCGAGCACUACUAGUAGUGCCUCUAGUCGCACCCUCGUUCAAAGUUUGGUCCACCGUGUACUGGCCAGCGUAUCGUCCAACGAUUCUCGCCUGUUCCCAUCGUCGUCGACAGGCAACCUUCCACACUCGUAUGGCGGGAGCACCUCGUCACUGCGGAGCUCUAUCCCGGCUCGAUAUUGA